ACAGAUUUUUCAUAAGUUUGAAUACAUCCGCAAUGAUCAGCAACAUGAGGUUCGUUCUGCUUCUCGCUCUGGUCGGCUCUGCCGUUUGCUUUCCAAAUAUCGCCAACAUUGGCUUAGAUGCCGCGGGAGGCGUGUCGGGUGUUGCCGGUGCUAGCGCAAAUGCAGCCAGUGUGGGAUCACAAAUAGCAGCUGGCACCGCAGGCAGUGUUGCAGCAAGAACUGCAACCGGAGGCGCUAACAUUGUUGCCACUGGAGCCGCGACCGGAAUACUUGCUACCGCUGAAGCUGCAACCGAUAUUGCCAGUGGUAACCCUGCCGGUGCAGUUAGUGAGGUUGCAAGUACAGGUGCAACAGGAGCCAUAAACGUAGCCAACACAGCCGGUAACACUGUAGCCGAUGACUCAACUACUGCUGCCAACGGAGCUGGUAAUGUAGGUGUUAUCGGAUCAACGCAAAGUGCUAGAGCUGUGAGCGCUGCAGCAAAUGCUGGUGCUAAUGCAGUACAGAAUGCAAGUGGAAAUGGACUUUCGGCUGGAGUUUCAGGCGCGGCUGGUGCAGGAAUUAAUGCUUCAAAUAGUUUGAGCAGUGCAGGAUCUAACUUAGGCGGCAGUUCAAGUGGAUUAAACUCAAAUGGCAGCUCCAGCAGCAGCUCAAACAACUUAAGCGGAUUAAACUCUAAUGGCAGCUCCGGCAGCAGCUCAAAUAACUCAAGUGGAUUAAACUCAAAUGGUAGUUCCGGCAGCAGCUCAAACAACUCAAGCGGAUUAAACUCAAAUGGUAGUUCCAGUAACAGCUCAAACAACUCAAGCGGUUCCAACUCAAAUGGUAGUUCCAGCAAUAGCUCAAACAACUCAAGCGAAUCAAAUUCAAACAAUUCUAGCAGUACCUCAAAUAACUCAAGGGGAUCAAACUCAAAUGACUCCAGCAACAGUUUAAACAAUUCAAGCGGAUCAAACUCAAAUGGAAGUUCCAGCAACAGCGCAAACAACUCAAGCGGAUCAAACUCAAACGAUUCCAACAGUAGUUCAAAUGACUCAAACGGAUCAAACUCAAACGAUUCUAACAGUAACUCAAACAACUCUAGCGGGUCAAACUCAAAUGACUCCAGCAGCAGCUCAAACAAUUCAAGCGGAUCAAAUGCAAAUGACAAUUCUAGCAGCAGCUCAAAUAAUUCAAGCGAAUCAAACACAAAUGAUAAUUCUAGCAGCAGCUCAAACAACUCAAGCGGAUCAAACUCAAAUGACAAUUCUAGCAGCAGCUCAAAUAAUUCAAGCGGAUCAAACACAAAUGAUAAUUCUAGCAGCAGCUCAAACAACUCAAGCCGAUUAAACGCAAAUGGUAGUUCCAGCAGCAGCUCAAACAACUCAAGCGGAUCAAACUCAAAUGGCAGUUCCAGCAGCAGCUCAAACAAUUCAAGCGAAUCAAACGCAAAUGGUAGUUCCAGCAGCAGCUCAAACAACUCAAGCGGAUCAAACGCAAAUGGUAGUUCCAGCAGCAGCUCAAACAACUCAAGCGGAUCAAACGCAAAUGGUAGUUCCAGCAGCAGCUCAAACAACUCAAGCGAAUCAAACGCUAAUGGUAGUUCCAGCAGCAGCUCAAACAACUCAAGCGGAUCAAACGCAAAUGGCAGUUCCAGCAGCAGCUCAAACAACUCUAGCAGUUCCAACUCUGGUUCCAGCAGUAGCUCAGACGGUGCAAGCUCCAGUGACAGUAACAAUGUGAAUGAAGAAAUCGCUAUUUACGAUGAAAGUUUCCGUAGUUUGCCUAUUCCUUUAGAAGAAAUAUUAAAGACUACAUUCUCUUCUUCCACUAAAAACUUUAAUACCGUCCACAUAAACGCCCAAAGUAUUCCUGCACAUUAUCCAGACUUGAUAUCGUCUUUCAAUGUAAAUACCCUCCAUGCUAUAUUUAUUUCGGAGACAUGGCUAAAGCCCUGUCUUCCUUCUACCUCCUACUCCUUACCAGGUUUCAACUUAAUUCGCUGCGAUCGCACCGGUAGGGUUGGUGGUGGUGUUGCUAUAUAUCUUCGUUCUGAUAUCCCCUAUGCUAUUAUCAACUCUUCUCUAAGUACUAAUUCUUCCUGUAUUUCUGAAUACCUUUUCCUCGAAGUAACCCUCGCCCAUUCCAAGGUUCUGCUAGGAGUUUUCUAUAGUCCAUCCUCCUCUACUGAUUAUUUUUCCUCCCUUGAAAACCUGUUAGAGAACCUUAUCCCUUCCUAUAGUCACACGAUUAUUAUGGGAGACUUUAAUACAUGCCUUCACAAAAAUGACCUGCGCGCGAAUCGUCUUAAGUCUCUAGCCAAUGCUUGCAAUCUAGAGAUCCUACCCCUUCAAGCCACCCACUUCUUUCCUAACUGUAACCCUUCCUUGCUUGAUUUGAUUUUAGUCUCAUCACCUGACCAUGUUGCCAAACACGGCCAAUAUCCUGCAGAUGCAUUCUCGUUCCAUAACCUCAUUUAUUUGUCAUAUAAAAUUCGUCCUCCCAAAGUUAAACGGAAAAUCGUUAUGCAGCGCAAUUUUAGUGGUAUUGACAUUGACCGAUUACGACAAGAUGCUGCGGAAUGUGAUUGGUUGAGUAUUGGCACAGCAGCUAACAUUAAUGAGCAAGUGGAAUUAUUUAAUAAAUUGAUUUUAGAACUGUAUGAUAAACAUGCUCCGAUACGGCCAGUCAGGGUUAAGCAUUUACCUGCACCUUGGCUUACAGAUAAAAUCAAGUCCAUAAUACAGAAGAAAAAUAUUGCUAAAGCUAAAUUUAAGUCGGCUCCAGACAGAUACCGUGAUGAUUACAUCAGUGCUAGGAAUCUCUGCAAUAGGAUGUGUAGGGAGGCUCAACGACGCCACAUCCAUAAAUCUGUAGAGAAUGGUGAUCCAGCAAAAUCUUCCUACCACCUUUAUGCAGAUGAUCUCCAAAUUUAUUCUCUGGCCCCUCUCGCUGAUAUCGCUUUAGCAAUAUCUACUGUUAACACUGAUCUUACACAUAUAUCAGCCUGGAGUCCUAAAGUGAGAAAAUUCCAUAAGUUUGAACACAUCCGCAUCAGUUUCACCAUGAUCGCCAACAUGAGGUUCGCUCUGCUUCUCGCUCUGGUCGGCUCUGCCGUUGCCUUGCCAUCAAUCGUAGACUUUGGCUUGGAUGCAUCCGAAGGCGUAGAGGGCGCUGCUCGUGCAGGUGCAAACGCAGUCGGAGGUGGAUCUCUAGUAGCAGCUGGCACCGCGGGCGAUAUUGCUGCAAGAACUGCAAGCGGUGGUGCCAACAUUGCCGAAACUGGAAUUGAGACUGGAGUACUUGACGCAAGUGAGGCCGCAGCUGACUUUGCACGUGGCGAUCCACUCAGCGCUGUUCGAGAUGUUGCACUCACGUCUGGAUCAGGUGUUAGAAGUAUUGCCAAUACUGCAGGCAGAACUGCAGCCGCUGAUUCAAUUACAGCUACUAGUGGAGCUGGGAAUAUAGCUGCAAUUGAAUCUCAAUCUGGUGCUGGAGCUGUGGAUGCUGUAGCCAAUGCGGGAGCAGACGCCGCAGCUAAUGCUGCUGAUAUUGCAUCUGGAUUUACAAGCUCGACUGGUUCAGGAAGUGGUCGCUCCGGUGGCUUAAGCGGCAACUCUAGUGGUGGUUUAGGCAGUGGUUCAAACUCAAAUGGCAGUUCCAACCGUAACGGUGGUUCCAACAGUGGUUCAAAUAGAUCAAGCGGUUCAAACUCAAAUGGUGAUUCUGACAGCGAUGGCGGUUCUAACAGCAAUUCAAAUGAUGAUUCAAACAAUAAUGGCGGUUCCAACAAUGAUGGUAGUUCCAACAGCGGUUCAAACUCAAACAACGGUUCGAAUAGUAAUGGUAGUUCCAGAAACGGCAGUUCCAAGAGACGCCGUGGUUCUAGCAGAAACAGUGGUUCCAACAGAAGUGGUAGUUCCAACAGAAAUGGUGGAUCUAACAAUAACGGCGACUCCAAUAGUAAUAGUGGUUCCAACGAUGGUGGCUCCAGCAAUAAUGAUGGUUCCAAUAGUAACGGUGGUUUGAACAGUAACGGUGGCUCCAACAAUAAUGGUGGAUCUCGCAGAGGUUCCAACAGUAACCGUGGUUCCAACAAUAAUGGUGGUUCCAACAGCGGCUCAAACUCAAACGACGGAUCCAACAGUAACGGUGGUUCCAACAGUGAUUCAAACUCAAACGAUGGUUCAAAUGGUAGUGGUAGUUCCAGGAACGGUGGCUCCAACAGAAAUGGCGGUUCCAACAGAAAUGGUGGCUCCAACAGAAACGGCGGUUCCAACAGAAACGGCGGUUCCAACAGUAAUGGUGGUUCCAAUAGUGACGGUGGUUCCAGCAAUAAUGGUGGUUCCAACAGUAACGGUGGUUCUAACAGUAAUGGUGGUUCCAACAGUAAUGGUGGUUCCAACAAUAACGGUGGAUCUCGUAGAGGUUCCAACAGUAACCGUGGUUCCAACAAUAAUGGUGGAUCGAACAGCGGUUCAAACUCAAACGACGGAUCCAACAGUAACGGUGGUUCCAACAGUAACGGUGGCUCCAAUGGUGGCUCCAGCAAUAAUGGUGGCUCCAGCAAUAACGGUGGCUCCAGCGGUAACGAUGACUCCAACAGUAACGGUGGUUCCAGCAAUAAUGGUUCAAAUUCAAACGGUGGUUCUGACAAUGAUUCAAAUAGCUCAAACGGUUCAAACUCAGGCAGCUCAAACCGUAACGGCGGUUCAAGCAGUUCGAACUCAAAUGGUAAUUCUAGCGGAAGCUCAAACAGAUCGAGAGGUUCCAACUCAGGUGGAAACUCCAGCAACGGUUCAAAUGGCUCUAGCAGUUCAAACUCUGAUGACAAUUCGAGCGGUAGUUCAGAUGGCUCUAGUAGUUCAAGCUCAAGUGGCAACUCCGUCAGUAUUUUAGAUGGCUCUGGCAGUUUAAACUUAAGUGGCAAUUCCAGCAGCAGUUCAAACGGCUCUAGUUCAAGUUUUAACGAAAAUAGUAGCUCAAGCACUUCAGACUGAACUGUUUGAAAGAGAAAACGGUUAUUCUAACAGUGUUAAAACAACUAACUGUAAUUAAAACAACUCCAGCAAUAAAAAUUCCGAAUUGCAGUCGAACAAAAAAUACAAUUUUGAUCCUAAUAGUAAUUAAAACAGUGCUUCUAACGGUUCAAGCAAUGAAGAAUCCAAUAUCCUCGUUGGAGAUUCUGACGAUAACUCCAAAGAGGGGUAUCCAAAACAAACAGUUCUACUGAUGCUGCGUCUAUAUGGGAUACAUCGUGCACGAAAUUUCGAUUUUUUGACAGUUUACUCCAUACGUUUUGCAGAAAACUGAGUUGCGUUGCUUUACUACAGAGCCAUAAUAUAUUUCGGCGUUAGUUUUUUUUUUACUUUUGUGCUUAACGAAUUGGGAAACCCAAAAUUAUGUAUAAUCAUGCCAAAAUAUGGAAGUUGUGUUAACACUGUUAAGAAAACGUUUAACGUAAAUUUGAUAAUAAUUCCAUUAUGAAGUUAGUACGCAAUGUGUGAUGUAGCAACAUAAUUACCGUUUGCUGUUUUGUUUUCACGAAAUUAAUGUAAUAACAAUUUUUUUUUUGUUUAUUAUUCUUUCAUUUCUCUCAAUAAAUGUUCAUUCAUCAUU